AUGGGCAACUGCUUGUCCGGCGGCUCCAAGGCGACCCGCGAUGAGCCUGUCAACGCUCCACCAAAGCCCGCAGCACCCGAAGCUGCGCCUGCUGCGCGUGCGAGCGGCGCUGUAGUAGAGAAGAAACCUACAGUUGUUGAGGAAAAGAAGGAAGAGACUCCCGAACAGGCGCCUGCAGAGGCUGCCCCUGCUGCUGGUGAGGCAGCCCCGGUCUCCGAGGCGACGCCCGCAGCAGCUGAGGCUGCCGCCGCUCCCGCUGAGGGCGAGGCCCCCGCCGCGGCUGAGGAGCCCGCGACGGUGGACGUGGAGAUCUCUGGACCGCCUCCUCUUAAGGCUCCUCCCCCCCGCCCUCAGGCUUCUCUGCCGAUCACGAAGAAGUCCACCGAAGUCGCUGCGUAG